AUGUUUUCCACACUGCUCCCCAUGAGGGGGCUCUGCACAAUAACGGGGACCAUUCCUCGACGGCCGAUUUCCUUGCGGAAAGGCAUUUUCGAAGCUGAGAGGAGGUACUUCUCGAGAAAUGCCUUUCUGCACGAGAAGCGUCAUGCGUCCUCGGCACCGUUCAACACGCCGCAAUCGCAGCAGCGCAAUACAUCUACUAUGUACUAUACCAUCAGUCUCAUCCUCGGAACAGUCGCUCUUGCCUACGGCUCGGUUCCUCUGUACAAAAUGAUCUGCCAACAAACCGGCUGGGGCGGGCAGCCCAUUCUCACCCACCGCACCGGCGACGGCGACACAGCUGCGCGUGUGACGCCAGUGACAGACUCUCGACGCCUCCGCAUUACCUUCAAUGGAUCCGUAUCCGACGUUUUGCCCUGGAAGUUUACCCCGCAGCAACGCGAAGUGCGGGUUCUGCCAGGCGAGACGGCGCUGGCAUUUUACACUGCGACCAACAAGAGCUCCUCAGAUAUUAUUGGAGUUGCAACGUACAGCGUCACGCCAGGACAGGUAGCACCGUACUUUAGCAAGAUUCAGUGUUUCUGCUUUGAAGAGCAGAAGCUGAAUGCGGGCGAGUCUGUGGACAUGCCCGUUUUCUUCUUCAUUGAUCCCGAUUUUGCCUCGGAUCCGAACAUGCAGGGUAUAGAUACGAUUACGCUGUCUUAUACUUUCUUCAAAGCGAAAUAUGAUGACAAUGGGGUCUUGAAGCCCAUCCCUCAAUGA